GGAUGUGCCUACUAACACCGUGGACCAAUCGACGCCAUUCUUUUCCACCCGGCAUAAGUCGCCAGUUGCGCUCCACGUGUACGAGAUCAAAGCUACUAGAAACUCCCGGUAAUUUCUACGAGCAAACGUUUAUUUAACGUGAUUAGUAAAACCGGAAACUGUUGUUGUUAUAAAUGUAUUUCACGGAAAUAAUUUCCCGCGAUCGUUAUGGCAACGCCAUAGUGGAUUGCGUAAGCCUAUUCUCAUUGGCUGCUAAAGACCGCGAGUUUGUAUUGGAUUGAAACUGGACUUGUUCGAAACAGCGCAGAACGAAGGAAUCAUUCGAUAUCGACUACGAUGCGGAGGGACAAGCGAAGGAAACAUGCGUACGACGUCGUUCAUGAAAACUCCCGCCCACGCGCGAUCAAACUUCAAAGUAAUUUUUUUUUUUUUUUACCAAUCCAGGGUACACGGAAAGGCUGUUGUCUACGCUCGAAAUACAUACUGUCAAAUUGUGGAUUGUUAUCAAAGUGAAAGGCGACGUAUGCCACUCCGCGAUUGUUUUGGAAUUCAUUGUUUAUCGAGACAAGAAUUGACAGCUAAAUAGUGUGAUCUACGUGACACGUUAGCGAGUGUGUGAUAUGGAUAUCGCAAAAUCUCUGUUCAACGUACGCGAUCACGAGGGUUAUGUUGGUAAAGAUGAUUACAAUAAGAAAAAAUUGGAAGCUGGAAUAUCUGAUGACGAGUAUGAAAUUGAAAAUGAGGAUUUCGGUAAUGUAGCAGCUUUGUCACCUGCACCUGGGGGUUCUUUUUCUGCUUUGACACCAUCUAUGUGGCCCCAAGACAUACUGGCUAAGUUAAAUCAACCAGAAGACCCUAAUUCACAACCAGAAUAUAGGUUUGAUGAGUUUGGGUUUAGAGUCGAAGAAGAAGAUGGGCCAGAGCAGAAUUCUAAAAAACUUUUGGGUGUUCCUUUCGUUGAAGAUCCCCAGCAUAGAUUACAGUGGGUUGCUCAUUUAGAAUUCACGCAUAACAAAGAGAUAUCUGAGGUGUCUUGGCAAGAUGUUGAUCAACGGUUACCGCGUACAGAUAAGCUGCGUGAAAUGGUGCGCCAUGGUAUACCACAUUCUUUACGACCUCAGAUGUGGAUGCGCCUGUCAGGAGCCUUGCAGAAGAAGACCGCCUCAGAAAUUACGUACAAAGAUAUAGUUAAAGCCUCGAGCAAUGAUGCAUUAAUGACUAGUAAGCAAAUAGAAAAAGAUCUACUAAGGACCAUGCCAGCAAACGCCUGCUUUAGUCAUCUAAAUAGUACUGGCAUACCUCGUUUACGGAGAGUCAUGCGUGGACUUGCUUGGUUGUAUCCCGAUAUUGGAUAUUGUCAAGGCACAGGAAUGAUGGCAGCGUCAUUAUUAUUGUUGCUCGAAGAAGAGGAUGCCUUUUGGAUGAUGGCGACAAUAGUUGAAGAUUUAUUACCUGCUUCAUACUAUUCCUCCACUCUUCUAGGAAUACAAGCCGAUCAGCGAGUACUUAGGACUUUGAUAGUGAGUUUCCUUCCUGAUCUGGAUGUUGUUCUUGUUCAACAUGACAUAGAACUGAGUUUGAUCUCCUUGCACUGGUUUUUGACUUUGUUUGCAUCUGUUGUACACAUCAAAAUCCUUCUACGCAUAUGGGAUUUAUUUCUGUUUGACGGUUCUAUUGUCUUAUUUCAAACAACACUCGGAAUGUUGAAAAUCAAAGAAACUGAACUCAAGCAGUUAGAAAAUUCCGCUCAGAUAUUCAACGCCCUGUCCGAUAUACCAGGAGAUAUUGAUGAUGUCGAUCAACUGCUGGAGGUCUCUUUGAAUGUUGGAGGUUCUUUGACAGAUGUAAUUGUAGAAACUCACAGGCGUCGACACUUGGCAUACUUGAUGGCCAAUCAAGGAGGUCUAGUAGGGAACCCUGAUGCCGUGCCAAAUCUUCCUAAACAACACCUUAAUCGACGCCAUAUGAAAAGAAAUAAAUCCAUGCUACAUACGUUCUUAUUUGGUGAUGAUAGCGGUGAGGAUGAUACAAAAUGUAAAAAUAUACGUCAAACGGAAAUUCUAGUUGAUUUGCGCGAAGCUGUUCUACAGGUAGCUAGACACUUCAUUAAUGUUGAUCCCAAACUGAGUAACAUUACACUAGUUGCGGAUUAUAAUAUGGAAAGUCAUGCAAAGGAUCACGAUAAUUAUGUCAAUGUAUCUCGGACUCGUAAAAGAAGAGCUAAAGCAUUGCUAGAUUUUGAAAGACACGAUGACGAUGAGUUGGGUUUUAGAAAAAACGACAUUAUUACGAUUGUCAGCCAAAAAGACGAGCACUGCUGGGUUGGUGAACUAAAUGGUUUACGAGGUUGGUUUCCGGCUAAAUUUGUGGAAUUGUUGGAUGAGAGGAGUAAGCAAUAUACAUGUGCCGGUGACGAUGCAGUGAGCGAGGCAGUCACUGAUCUAGUAAGAGGUAGUUUAUGUCCUGCAGUAAAGGCCGUUUUGGAACACGGUAUGCGACGACCAUCUUUUUUGGGUGGACCUUGUCAUCCAUGGUUAUUUAUUGAAGAGGCAUCAAAUCGAGAAGUAGAGAAAGAUUUCAAUUCAGUAUACAGCAGAUUGGUACUCUGUAAAACUUACAGACUUGAUGAAGAUGGAAAAGUUCUGACACCUGAAGAAGUGAUUAUAUUAUUUCAAUAUUCAUUCAAAAAUUUACGAAGUGAAAACUUUUCUAACGUCUAUGAAUGCCAAGUGAAUUUCAUAUUAUACAUGACAUUCUCUAUAUUGCAGCUACUUUAUCGGUGUGUCCAGUCGGUAAAUUUGACACAUGAUAAUGCUCAUGCUCAGAUGGACGUUAAGUUGCGUUCUCUGAUUUGUCUGGGACUAAAUGAACAGGUAUUGCAUCUGUGGCUCGAAGUGUUGUGCUCAUGCGUUGAAGUUGUGCAAAAAUGGUAUCAGCCUUGGAGUUUCAUUAACAGCCCAGGAUGGGUGCAAAUCAAAUGCGAGCUGAGAAUAUUAAGUCAAUUCGCAUUCAACUUAAACCCUGACUGGGAGCUACCUCCAAAAAAAGAGCAGUCCCAGCCUCUGAAGGAUGGGGUCAGAGAUAUGCUUGUCAAACAUCACCUCUUUAGCUGGGAUUUAUAGUCGUUAGCUGAGAUUUUUUUUCUCGCUGAACCUACACUGCUUCAAUAAUAACUCUGGGGCAGUUGCAACACGUAGUUUCCCGCUCUAUGUAUUCUUUGUGAAAGGUAUGUAUGUUUGAACAAAAUAGUUUAUUUUUUAAAGCUGCUGGAGCGAUGCCUUGAAUAGAUACGGAGAUUUAUCAAUAGUGUAGGUAUAUGCGAAGUUAUUCCUAUUCACAAUACUAUUAUGUAAGCUAACAGAUUGUCUAAUAUGAAUAAUUGAAACUGACCAUUAGGCGUCAUUGCCAGAGCCGAAUUCAUAGAUCAAUAUUUGUUGUUGACGUGCAUUGAGGCACGAAUAUUGAAUGAUAGAUUAAUAAGCCGGUUAAUAUUUAUACUUGCAAAUGACACGUCACAAUUCGGGCGGUUGAUGAGAUUCUACCUAUGUUCAUGACAACUUUGCAGAAUUCACGUCGAAUUGUAAAAUAUGUAAAUAAGUAAUGUUAGAUGGAACGCCUAUUUAAGUUUAUUGAUAUUAUAAACAUAUUUAUUAA